AUGAUACGUGAAGGUCCUAUUGGAUCUGCUGGUGCUGGAAAUGCUAGCGGCUGGAUGCAAGAAGCAGAGUUCUUGCUGUUUUUGGAACACUUCAAAAAACAAGCCAAACCCACUACUGACCAAAAAUGCCUGCUCUUGCUUGACAAUCAUGUAUCACAUGUAUCAAUUCAUGCCCUCGAUUAUUGUAAGAUAAAUGGAAUAGUGUUGCUGUCAUUUCCUCCCCACUGUACACACAAAUUGCAACCCCUGGAUAGAGCGGUGUUUGGACCAUUCAAGAAAAUGAUAAAUACUGCUACAGAUAAUUGGAUGCGAAAUCAUCCCGGUCAAACAAUGACUAUACAUUACAUUCCUGGGAUUGUCAGAGAAGCAUUUCCUCUUGCCGUCACCGAUAGAAAUGCUAUUGCAGGUUUUACCUGUACUGGUAUAAGUCCAUUUAAUAGGAAUAUCUUUUCCGCGGUUGACUUCGCACCGUCUUCUGUAACAAAUCGUACCUUGCAAUCUAAUAACGAAAUUCAACCGUCAGCCAUCGAAGUUGAUCGGAUGAUUGAAGCAGAUCACCUUCCAGAACUAGGAUCGAGUAACAAACUUAAUGCCCAUUCAAUUAGAUCUAACAAUCCCGAACUGGAAACUCUUCGGAGUGUAUCGAACAUUCAAACAGAUGAUGGAAAUCAGUUCUUAAACCCUGCUAGCUCACAUCCAUCACCAAGCUCGCCACAGCCAGGACCUAGUGGACUUCAAGCAUCUUUUACACGGCCAAUUAAUUUCUCACCCCAAGAUAUAAGACCUCUACCGCGAGCUGGUAUACGAUCCGGAACAAAAAGAGGUUAUAAAAAGCGUAAAACUGCGAUACUUACUGACACUCCCGAAAAAAGAGCAAUUGAAGAAGAAUAUAACCAAAGAAAUAAAGCCAAGAAACCAAUAUUCCAACCCACUACAGGAAAAGGCAAGAGAAAAUUACAAUCUGCAAAAGGAAAAGGCCAUGGAAAGAAGACGAGGAACCCUCCUAGAAGCAAAGGAAAGGAGAACCAGACAACAGCAAACAGCAAUUCUUCUGAUGACGAAGAUUGCUUUUGCAUAGUUUGUUUGGAGUUAUUCAGCACUAGCUUACCAAACGAGAAGUGGGUACAGUGUGUUGAUUGUAAAAAAUGGUCUCACGCUGCGUGCACCAAAGAUGAUUCAUAUUACGUUUGCCACAAUUGCGAGUCUGAAUAG